AUGGAGAAGGCAUCUGCAAGGAAGAGGAAGAUGCCCCAGGACAGCCAGGCAGACAAGGAGCUGAGGAUGGAGACCAAGGAGGACAAAUCGCCGCGCCAGAACCUUGUGGAAGAGGCCAUUUUGAGCGGCUCCACGGUACAGGAAUCCAACAAGGAGGAAAAGCACUGGAUAUCCCACACGAGGAGGGGCUCCAAACUCAGCCCAGGGUGCUCUGCAGAGGAAAGACCCACUCUGUACCAGGAAGGCGUCCAGAGCUCAAACCAGGUGGUCCAUGAACAGAUUCAUGAUGGGGAGAGACCCUACAAGUGCUUGGAGUGUGAGAAGAGCUUCACCAAGAACUCCCACCUGAUCCGCCACCAGAGGAUCCACAGUGGGGAACGGCCCUACGAGUGUGGGGAAUGUGGGAAGGGCUUCAGAGACAGCUCCGACCUGAUCAAACACCAGAGAUGUCACACUGGAGAGAGGCCCUAUGAGUGUGGGGAAUGUGGGAAAGGCUUCAGAGGCAGCUCCAACCUGAUCCGUCACCAGAGAAUCCACACUCGGGAGAGACCCUAUGAGUGUGGGGAAUGUAGGAAGUGCUUCAGAGACAGGUCCGACCUGAUCCGCCACCAGAUGAUCCACUCUGGGGAGAGGCGCUAUGAGUGUUGCAAGUGUGGGAAGCGGUUUCUCACCAGCUCAAAACUUAUUUCACAUGAGCGGAUUCACACGGAUGAGCGGCCCUUCCGCUGCCCCAACUGCAGGAAGGGCUUCAAGUACAACUCUCACCUCCGCAGGCAUCAGCGCAUCCACACUGGGGAGAGGCCCUACGAGUGUUCUCAGUGUGGGAAGAGCUUCUCUGACAGCUCCAUCUUGACCCGACACCAGCGGAGGCACCGGUAA